AUGGCAGCCAAAGGAGAGAAGAAGCUUGCCGAGAAGAAAUCCGCCGCCGAGAAAUCUCCGGCGGAGAAGAAGCCCAGGGCCGGGAAGAAGCUACCGAAGGAGGCCGGCGAGGGGCCCCGCGCCUGGUGCGCACAGGGCCUCCGCCUAGCACUGGAAUCGCGAGUAGACAAAUGCGUCUAUCAUCUGUUCGAGACUAACUGCAACAAGAGAAAGGGACCAGAAAUUACGUCCUAUUCUCAGAAUUCCUCACUGCCCCAGAAUGCCAGAUCUCCUUCGCCUCAGAAUGAUUCCCCCGCGCAAAAAAUUGAAGUCUUGAACUCGACUAAUGCCACGAAUUCACCACAGAAAUCUGCCGUCAAUCAGACUUCCAGUGUUGAAACUGAAGUAUCGAAGCAAAAUCAAUCUCAAAUUCAAAAUAAAGUUAAAGUCUUGAAGCCGAAUCAGAUCACAAUUCCGGCCACAAAACCUCCCGAACCAGCUAACCCGACGGCGAAUUUGCCUCUGGAGCCAAGAACAUCUCUGCAAAUGGUUAAAAGGGAAUUGCGGAAAAGGGUGUGCCCAAGAAUCUCACUUCUUCUAUGA